CUAAUCCCAUAAUUCCCCCAUACUGCACGGCUCUCUUCACCUAUCUCUGCGAAUCAUAAACCAAACUUGGGUUUUUUCUCUCUGUCCUUUACGCCUUUACUUAAGGCACCCGUCUCUCUCUCUCUUGACUCCACAUCAACACUUCUCCUCCACUGCAAAAAGGAAAGGAUCGCUUCCUGCUCUUUCGUCUAAAGUUCAAGAUUUUAGCUUUCGUUUCUUUCUCUCUCUCUUCUGUUUGGUAGCCAAGGAAAACUCUGAGAAAGCAAAGGGAUGGGUUUUGCAAGGAAACAGAACGAGUUCUUGAGUGAGAUCGGGUUAAGCACUAGCAAUUUGGGGUGUUUUGUGAAUGGCUCCUGGAAAGGAAGUGGCCCUGUGGUUUCUACUGUGAAUCCUGCUAAUAAUCAGAAAAUUGCUGAAGUUAGGGAGGCUUCCAUCCAAGAUUAUGAGGAAGGGAUGCAAGCUUGCAAUGAAGCAGCAAAGAUUUGGAUGCAAGUUCCAGCCCCAAAGAGAGGUGACAUAGUUCGACAAAUUGGUGAUGCAUUAAGAACUAAACUACAGCAACUUGGCCGCCUUGUCUCACUUGAGAUGGGAAAAAUUCUUCCUGAAGGAAUUGGGGAAGUUCAAGAAAUCAUUGACAUGUGUGACUUUGCUGUGGGAUUAAGCCGACAAUUGAAUGGAUCAGUAAUACCUUCAGAACGUCCAAAUCACAUGAUGUUGGAGAUAUGGAAUCCUCUUGGAAUAGUAGGUGUAAUUACGGCAUUUAACUUCCCAUGUGCUGUUCUUGGAUGGAAUGCCUGCAUCGCACUAGUGUGUGGCAACUGCGUUGUUUGGAAAGGUGCUCCAACCACUCCUUUGGUCACCAUUGCGAUGACAAAGCUAGUUGCUGGAGUCUUGGAAAAGAAUAACUUACCAGGUGCAAUUUUCACAUCAUUUUGUGGUGGUGCUGAAAUUGGGGAAGCAAUAGCAAAAGAUAGACGCAUUCCUCUGGUCUCAUUCACUGGGAGUUCAACGGUGGGUUUGAAGGUGCAACAAACAGUAAAUGCGAGAUUCGGUAAAUGUUUGCUUGAACUGAGUGGAAACAAUGCAAUAAUUGUCAUGGAUGAUGCCGACAUACAGUUAGCUGUUCGUUCUGUGUUAUUUGCUGCUGUUGGUACUGCUGGUCAGCGCUGUACCACAUGCCGUAGACUGCUUCUUCAUGAAAGUAUAUAUCAGAGGGUACUUGACCGGCUACUUGGUGUGUACAAACAAGUUAAAAUAGGGAACCCAUUAGAAAAGGGUACCUUGCUUGGGCCACUGCAUACUUCUUCUUCAAGGAAGAACUUUGAGAAAGGAAUAGAGAUAAUCAAAUCACAGGGAGGAAAGAUCCUUACUGGUGGUGGUCUGAUAGAGUCUGAAGGGAACUUUGUGGAGCCCACAAUUGUUGAGAUAUCUCCAAAUGCUGAUGUUGUUAAAGAAGAGUUGUUUGCUCCGGUUCUUUAUGUCAUGAAAUUUAAGACUUUGAACGAAGCAAUUGAAAUAAACAACUCUGUUCCUCAAGGACUAAGCAGUUCUAUCUUCACACGUAAACCUGAAGUCAUCUUCAAGUGGAUUGGGCCUCUGGGAAGUGACUGUGGUAUUGUCAAUGUGAACAUACCAACCAAUGGGGCUGAAAUAGGUGGUGCGUUUGGUGGUGAAAAGGCUACAGGAGGAGGCCGUGAAGCUGGAAGUGACUCAUGGAAACAGUAUAUGCGCCGCUCAACCUGCACAAUAAAUUAUGGGAACGAAUUACCUCUGGCACAAGGAAUCAAUUUCGGCUAGGAACGCCACCUGGGUCAGGACUUAGGAACCACAGUUGCAUCUCCUGCAAGGUCAAAAUUCUUGGCCUUGUUGGUUUGGAUUGUUGACUGGCCCUCCAUCUUUUAUGCUCUAUACUGGGCUUUGCUUCGCAUAAUUGUCGCCUAAAAGCAUGAAUACUAACAUAUGUAGAAUAAAAGGAACAAAAAAAAGCCUGCAAUCUGCAAAAGGCAUGAUGAAGAUGUUCUUGUUGCUUGCGAUGAAGAUUCAAUGAAGGUUAAUAACAAUCUUGCUAUCUGAAUCUCCAGGUCUACUGUAUCUGCUGUGCACUUCUAUAAUAAUUCUUAUUAACGAGAACACUAUUGAAUGUGCUCUUCGUAUUGCAUGUUAUGCUUUUGUUGACUAUCAAGUUUCCUGUAUCAUACUGAUCCAUUUCGUGUGCAUUCGCAUUGCAAA